GUGUGGAUACAACAAUGGAGAGAAGUCUAAUAAUAGACUUGUAUUCAUGGCAUCUAUGUGCGGAAGCCAUACAUGGGUCAUGGAAUCGUUGUCGUAAUCGGUAGAAGUUCCGUAGGUAAAAAUAAAAGUUUUAAUCUUAUAGCCAGAUCGUGUUCCCUCCCUUUUCUCUCUCUAAACCUUCCCUCUCUCCGCUAGAGGGAAGCUGAGAGAGAAAGAAAAUUGUUUGCUCAGCUCCACCAGAAUUCACAUUGCCCUCAUGGCUUUUAACCGGCGGCGCCACCCCAACCAUAGCCGUAAAAGGUGCUUAAUUCCUGCCAUCUCCGCCAUGUCCGGCGGUCUUCUCAUUCUCUUUGGUUUUCUCUCUUUUCUCGCUCCUUCUCCAGUCCACAACGAUCACCUCCACCAUUCCCGCCGCGACUCCUCGUUCAACGAUGGCGUUGCCGUUGCGGAUGGAGUUCCAGAAUUUCGUGUUCCGACCAGUGGUGGAGUAUAUGGUCGUGAUAUUUGGAGUUCAAGAAUGUCCAAAUUCUACUCUGGAUGCAGUAAUGCCAGCAAAAAGUUUGCUAAAGCUGAUGCUAUCAAAGAGCCCAAUCGGUACUUGUUGAUUGCAACCAGCGGAGGCCUGAACCAACAAAGGACUGGGAUUACAGAUGCUGUCGCUGCUGCUCGUAUUUUGAACGCCACUCUGGUUGUUCCUAAGCUGGACCAGAAGUCUUUUUGGAAGGAUGCUAGUAAUUUUUCCCAGAUCUUUGAUGUAGAUUGGUUUAUAUCACAUUUAGCAGAAGAUGUUAAAAUUGCAAAAGAGCUUCCAAGAAGGGGAGGGAAAAUGUGGACCCCAUAUACAAUGCGUGUUCCAAGAAAGUGUAGUGAUAGAUGCUAUAUAAAUCGUGUAUUACCUGUGCUUUUGAAGAAACAUGCUGUUCAGCUCACCAAGUUUGAUUACAGGCUUGCGAAUAAGCUGGAAACGGAUCUACAAAAGCUUAGAUGCAGAGUUAAUUACCAUGCUUUGAGGUUCACUGAUCCUAUACUCGAAAUGGGUGAGAAGUUGGUCCGCAGAAUGAGGAUGAGGAGCAAGCAUUACGUUGCCGUGCACCUCAGGUUUGAACCUGAUAUGCUUGCAUUCUCAGGAUGCUAUUAUGGUGGAGGAGAAAAGGAGAGGAGAGAACUGGGUAAAAUCCGAAGGAGGUGGAAAACAUUGCAUAUUGGCAACCCGGAGAAGGGAAGGAGGCAAGGAAAAUGUCCACUUACUCCUGAAGAAGUUGGUCUGAUGCUGAGAGCGCUUGGAUAUGGUAAAGAUGUUCAUAUUUAUGUGGCAUCUGGCGAAGUAUAUGGUGGAGAAGAAACACUGGCCCCCCUGAAGGCACUCUUCCCGAAUUUUCAUUCCAAAGACACUAUAGCCAGCAAAGAAGAGUUGAAACCAUUUUCUGAAUUUUCUUCUCGCAUGGCUGCACUAGAUUUCAUAGUAUGUGAUGAAAGUGAUGUAUUUGUCACCAAUAACAAUGGAAAUAUGGCAAGAAUAUUAGCAGGGAGAAGGAGAUAUUUUGGACACAAACCUACCAUUCGUCCAAAUGCGAAAAAAUUGUAUCGGUUGUUCUUGAACAGAGAUAACGGGACUUGGGAAGAAUUUUCCUCCAGAGUUCGUACUUAUCAAAGAGGUUUCAUGGGGGAGCCUAAGGAGCUGAGGCCAGGCAAAGGUGAGUUUCAUGAAAACCCAUCGGCCUGCAUAUGUGAAGAUUCUGAGGCCAAAUCAAGGAUGGAUUCCGGUCCUCGAAAACUUGGUAAGGGGAAUAUUGCAACAAGGAAAGACGUGGAUGUAGCUGAUGAUCAUGUUUUUGGUGAGGAGCCAGAAUGGUCCGAUCCGGAAGAUGAAGAUGAUCUAAGUGAUCAUCAAGGCACAAAUCUGUUCAAUGAGACAAGUUUGGACUAUGAUUCUUCCACAUUUGAGGAGCCUGAGUUGGAAGAGUUGCUUUCGGAUUGAAUGCCAGAUGUCUGGCACUUUUUCAAGAGCUUUCUGUUGUAGAUGUCCCAACUUGUAAAAUUCUUUGGCGCCUUCUUGUUACACAUCCCUAACACAAUGUGCAGCUCCAGCAAAAUCUUUCAGCCAUGGUGUCGCUGUUAUCCUGCUGUAUAAUAAAGCCUCAGUGAUACCACAGUACGACAAAUUUUACCCACAACAAUAGAAUGUUGGGAUAUGAACAGUGAGCUCUCAUCUUCCUGGGUGCGGAAUCAAAGUGCAUCCUACUGUACUGACAGCUUGCUUAUGGCCUCGGGAUGAAGGCAGGAUCUUCAAUGAGGGUUCGGAGUCUUUUGCAGAGAAGUUCAAGGGAAUUACUUAAAAAAACACUUGCAAGAUGAUAGAACAAGGACGAAGCAACUGAUAUAGGGAUUCGAACUGUAGUGAUUUAUUGAGGCUGCAUACAGAGACAAGAAUAUUAAACUGCUAAUUUAAUUACUAAUUGUAGUGAUCCAAGUGAUUUUUUUUUUUAAGUCUUAGUUUGAUUAAGUAGAUUCGGUAUGACUUUGGUUGAUGUCUAACAAGCUGGAGAUGAAAAUUUGGCAACUGCUCUUGGUUAAAGCAAUGUACUAGAGCUACAGAACACUACUUGGAGUUGGACUGAUUAUUUAUGAUAUUAUGUUGUAUAAGGGAGGGUGUAAAGCUGCCUUUUUUUUUUGCUUUGUAUAAU